UGCAGGUCAUGUGCCCAUGGAGAAUAGGGCCUUUGAAAGGUGGCUGGAGUCAGUCUCUGCCACUUUCCUUUCUCUUAAUGACCAGCAGCGCAAUGUGUCCCUGGACCAUCUUAUAUCUUUAAGUGGUGCUGCCCAGCUCCGUCACCUCUCCAAUGGGCUUGAGACGCUGCUAAAACGUGACUUCCUGCGGCUGCUUCCUCUGGAGUUGGCCUUCUACCUGCUGCAGUGGCUGGAUCCUCAGACCCUGCUCACCUGCUGCCUGGUCUGCAAACAGUGGAAUAAGGUAAUAAACUCGUGUACAGAGGUGUGGCAGGGUGUGUGUCAACAACUGGGCUGGAGGAUUGAUGAGUCCAUUCAGGAUGCAUCACAUUGGAAGAGGGUCUAUCUAAAGGCUAAACUGCGCAUGAUGCAGCUGAAGGAUCAGGAGGCCUUUGUGACAUCCUCACUCAUCGGCCACAGCGCUCGAGUAUACGCCCUCUAUUAUAAGGACGGCCUCCUCUGCACAGGCUCUGAUGACCUUUCUGCCAAAUUGUGGGAUGUGCGCACCGGACAGUGCAUUUAUGGAAUUCAGACACACACCUGUGCCACAGUGAAAUUCGACGAACAGAAACUUCUGACCGGAUCCUUUGACAACACUAUUGCAUGCUGGGAGUGGAGUACUGGAGCUAAAAUCCAGCAGUUCCGUGGCCACACGGGAGCAGUUUUCAGUGUGGACUACAACGAUGAGCUGGAUGUUCUGGUCAGUGGCUCUGCAGACUUCUCAGUAAAGGUCUGGUCUUUGUCCGUUGGUGCAUGUCUCAACACUUUCACUGGACACACGGAGUGGGUUACCAAGGUGAUACUACAGAAGAGUGAAGUAGAAUCUAUGGUCCACAGUCCUGGUGAUUAUAUCCUCCUAAGUGCUGACAAGUAUGAAAUUAAGGUUUGGCCUUUAGGCAGAGAAAUCAACUGCAAGUGUUUGAAAACGCUCUCGGUGUCUGAGAACCGCAGCAUCACCCUUCAACCUCGUCUGCAGUUUGAUGGACGCUACAUCGUCUGCAGUUCAGACCUCGGUGUUUAUCAGUGGGACUUUGCCAGUUUUGAAAUUAUCAGAGUAAUAAAAAUGCAGGACCCUGCCAACCUGUCCCUGCUGAGCUUUGGUGAGGUGUUUGCACUCCUUUUUGAUAACCACUUUCUGUAUGUGAUGGAUCUAAGGACAGAGGUCAUUUCAGGCCGUUUUCCUCUACCGGCCUACAGGAAAUCUAAACGGGGAUCCAGCUUCCUGGCAGGCGUGACCUCCUGGCUCAAUGGCCUGGAUGGGUGCAAUGACUCUGGACUGGUGUUUGCUACCAGCAUGCCUGACCAUAGUAUUCACUUAGUUCUGUGGAAGGAGAAUGGGUAGUGGAAAACCAGGUGUUCAAGUCCUGGAGCACAGGCAUAUAUGGACAUUUUCUCUGGGGUAUGUAAUUGCCAAGAAAGAUAUUACAUAGGCAACAUCUUUUUUUUAUUUUUUAUUUUUUAUCCUUGUUUCUCCCUCAUCAUUCAAAUCCUCUGAGCUUAAAC